AUGGGAACUAAAAUGAACAAUGACAAGAAAAAUGAAGAAGAUAGAGAAGCUAUUGCCGUAGAUUAUUGGAAUAUGUCUGAUGCUGAAUUUAAACAACGACUUCUUACGAGUGUCAAAAAUGACAUACAUCGUAAAGCAAAAAUUCAACAAUGGUUAGAAGUAGAUCCUACUUUAUUACAAUUAGGUCGACAAUAUAGUUAUUUGAUUGCAAAUGUUUAUGCAUUGAAAAUGGAACAAGAUUUUUGGAAAACUUAUCAAGGUCAUACACGUAUCGAAGCUCUUUGGUUAUCACAAAUGUCAAAGCCUAUGCUUAAACGCAAUAAUAUUAGUGAAGCAUUUUUUAAAACAGAAAUUUUAUGA